GUGUGUGUACGUGUGUGUGUGUGUAUGUGUGUGUGUGUACGUGUGUGUGUGUGUACGUGUGUGUGUGUGUGUACGUGUGUGUGUGUGUGUACGUGUGUGUACGUGUGUGUGUGUGUGUGUACGUGUGUGUGUGUGUGUGUACGUGUGUGUGUGUGUGUGUACGUGUGUGUGUGUGUGUGUACGUGUGUGUGUGUGUGUGUACGUGUGUGUGUGUGUGUGUACGUGUGUGUGUGUGUGUGUGUACGUGUGUGUGUGUGUGUACGUGUGUGUGUGUGUGUACGUGUGUGUGUGUGUGUACGUGUGUGUGUGUAUGUGGGGAGAGCGGUGGUGUAAUGGUUAGCGCUCUGCACUACGAACCCGGCGACCAGAGUUCGACACCCGCUCACGGCCAACACCAGUGGCGAUUCUCUGAACCGGUGCUGGGCUUCCCCUAGGUCGACUCGGCCUCAAAUGAGUACCUGGUGCGGUGUGUAAACAUCGCCACUGGGGGAGACAAAGGCGGCCGGGCGUGGCGUUGGCCACUCACCCCUCGUGUGCCGUGGCGGCCUUCAUAGGUGCUAUUCGCUAACAGCACUCGCCCCAACAGUCUGUUAAGGCUGCUUUGUCUUUGUGCGCGUGUCAGUCGAUGGUUGUGCCGGGGGCCUACUGAGGCCCCCCUCUGCGAGGCCCCGAGCCUCCGGAGGGGGCUGAGCAUUCCCCCGUUGAAGGCCCUGUCUGGUCUGUGUUGUUUUUAUUUUAUUUGUACUCUUGAUCGUGAUUUUUGAAAACCGAAUCUCUGCGUCAUUCCGUGGAACUCUGACCGCGGGUGCCCGAGGCCGACGUCGUUUCCGGACGUCCGCGUGGGUGGCUGUGGUCACGGUGCAAUUAAAGCGUGGGCCAAUCGCUCCACGUGUGCCUCCGUUUGUCACGCGGAGAGAGGGCGGCGUGGUGCGAGAGCGGGGGGUGUGGUGUGAGGUGGGUGUCAUGUGACAACUACCUCUCUGGCCUUUCCGUGUAUGUGCUAUGAAGAAGGUCCAUUGCCCGAAACGUCACCAUUCUAUACUUGUUUUGUCUCGUCAAAGAGAAACAGGUGUUGCAAUUACGGGUGUUGAGAAUGGACGCCAUGCGAGUCCUGUUCCAGAGGGUGUAACGUGAUUGUUGUUUUGGUGAGUGUAGUUUGCUCAUUCAGAGUGGUUGAUGUGAGCGGUUGUAGUGCCGAUAGGUGGCGCGUGCUUGUGGUGAGAACGGCUGUAUGGUGUGGUGGUUGUGGGAAUGUCUUGGCUGUCGUGUAUGCGAGUGCUGUCUGCAUGGAGUCUUUGUGAAGCGUGACUUUGUCUCACCACGACUCCGAGUCAAUGGGUGCUGGUUGUUUGUGGGGACCCCAAAGGAUCCUGGCUCCCCUCGCCGCCCUCUGAGAAUCCGGGGUCAGGGGCCAUUGCGGGUGCCCUAAUUGGUAAUUGGAAAUUUAUUUCGUUUCAAUAGAAUCCUGGUCAAUUAAUAACGCGCAGGGGACAGAGUCCAACACUGCACCCUCCCAAGCGUCUCUCUCUCUCGAGUCGUCUCUCUAGCCGGUCUCUCCAUCCACCAUCUCCAUCCAUUUCACCAGCGUCCCAUCCAUCCAUCGCUUCAUCUCUCCACCCAUCUGUCUCGUAUAUCACUCCGGGACCCCCCUCUCUCGCUCUCCAUCCAUCUAUCCAGCCAUCUCCAGCCAUCUCCAUCCAUCUCCCCAGCCAGGCAGACUCCUCCAGGAACCCAGUCUCCUGCUCCUCGCCUCGUCUGUCAGCUCGGAGCCAUGGUGCAGGGUGAACGAGGCCACCGCUUCAGCAACUGGGCGCGAACCUUCACGUGUCGCCCAGAGCUCUUCUUCAUGCCCAGCAGCGAGGCCGAGAUCCGAGACGUGCUGGCCCAGGCGCGUGGUGCCGGGCGCCACGUGAAGGUGGUUGGGGCCGGGCACUCACCCUCUGACAUCGCCUGCACCGAGGACUUCAUGGUCAGCCUGGAGCGCUUCAACAAGGUCCUGCAGGUGGACCGGGAGUCUCGGCGCGUCACCGUCCAGGCCGGGGCGAUGCUGAGUGACCUGAACGAGGAACUCGCGAAACACGGACUCGCCCUCUCCAAUAUCGGGGCGGUGUCUGACGUCACGGUGGGCGGGGUGAUUGGCACCGGGACCCACAACACUGGGGCAGCGCACGGCAUCCUCCCCACUCAGGUGUGUGCGCUGUCUCUGAUGCUGGCGUCUGGCGAGGUGGUGAGCGUGAGCGUCGAGUCCAACCGGGACCUACUGAGUGCGGCGCGCGUGCACCUGGGCGCGCUCGGCGUGGUGCUCACCGUCUCGCUGCAGUGCGUGGCCGCGUUCCGCCUCGCGCAGCGCACCUUCCCCAGCACCCUCGCCGAGGUGCUGGGUGAGCUGGACACUCACCUCUCGCGCUCCGAGUUCUUCAAGUUCUUCUGGUUCCCCUACACCGACCACGUGACCGUGUUCUACAUCGACCGCACCGACCAGCCCAUCAAGAACCCCCGCAGCUGGUUCUGGGACCGUUUGGUCGGCUACUACCUGUUCGAGUUCCUGCUGUGGCUCAGCGUCCUCGUGCCGCGCCUCGUCCCGUGGAUCAACCGCGUGGCGUUCCGCGUGCUCUUCUCGGGGCGCACGGAGCGCGUGGACCGUAGCGACCGCAUCUUCAACUUCGACUGCCUCUUCCUGCAGCACGUGCAGGACUGGGCCCUGCCUCGCGAGCGAGCCGGCUGGGCGCUCACCCAGCUGUCGCGUUGGGUGCAGGCGACGCCGGGCGUCCCCGCCCACGUCCCCGUUGAGGUCCGCUUCGCGCGCGCCGAUGACAUCCUGAUGAGCCCCUGUAGCGGGCGAGACUCGUGCUACAUCAACAUCAUCACCUACAGGCCCUAUAACCGCGAGGCCGAGCGUGGUGCGUACUGGGCGGCCUACGAGGACAUCAUGCGCCGGGCAGGGGGGCGCCCUCACUGGGCUAAGGCGCAUGGCUGCACCGCAGAGGAUCUGUCACGCAUGUACCCGGGCCUAGAGGAAUUCGCUCGAGUCCGCUCUCGCCUGGAUCCCCACGGCCUCUUCCUCAACCCCUACCUGCAGCGCGUGUUUCCGGGGGCGGGGGAUGAAGAGGGGGAGCAGGGGGACGUGCGGGAAGGAACGCAGCCUGCCCACUGAUCCCAGCCUCAUCGUAACCCAGCUAUCACUCUCCCCUCUCCGAUCCCAUCCUCCCAUUGACCCCACCUUCAUAGUGGCUGAUCCCCCUUAUCACACCCUCACACUGAUCCCACCCUUCCACUGAUCCCACCCGCACACUCAUCCCACCCUGACACGGAUCAGAAUCGGAAUCUUCAUUGAGACUGGAGAAAUCCGACAAACUAUAAAGCUCUUUUUCACAGAUGUCCAGUAUGGGCGAGUCAUAAAGAGACAAUAACGAGUCGAGGAAUAGUGCACUGCAGUAGAGGACUUUCUCCAGGUCACUGAAGGGACAUGGUAGAGGUUUUUGUUGGGUUCGAUCGCGUAAAUAUAUAAAUGUGUCGUUAAAACCCACCACCACCCGACACAGCCAACUAGUAAGGGUUGUCACGUAAACAGAACGCGGCCAGUUCGUCACUAGUACAGCACUAACCGGUGUGUUGGAGAGCCAAGCCACAACAUUUACAAUCUGAGUACGACGUUUCGCCAGUAAUUACAACUAGCUUCAUCAGGCGACAGCCAGAUUUGUGGUUAAUGUACCUUCGUUAAGAGGUUGAAAAUGUGGGCGAGGGCUUUCUAGACGGGAUCUGCCACAUCGACAAGUGGGAACGCAGUCAACUCGUCUCCUCCCGUGGACCACGAUGUCUCCAUCGGUGCGAGCUGACGCAGGAGGUCCAGUUCAGAUAUGGGACGAAACGAGACGUAGAGUCGAUGAGACUUUCACUCACGUUUCUUUUUUUUUGUCAGAGGAAGAAGUGAGAGAUGCGAGAAAUGUUAGUCCGGUGUGUGUUUUGUCAAAGAUAUAUGUCUUGCUGAUUAAAAUCGAGAAUUCAAUCCAUUGACCCAUGGACAGAUGGUCCCACGCUCACACUGAUCUGCCACCCUCAGCACGCAUUCCCCUGGUCUCACUCUCAUCUGCUCGUGGUUGUCGCUUGAGGCCCUGGCUUCCCUCAAUAAAAAAUACAUAUUUCA